AGCUGCAACUUAAUCUGUGACCAAAACACAAAACGCUUUUAUUUUGAAAGUAAUGCCAUCUUUGGCGGAAGCAGUUUUCACGCAGACUCACUUUACUUCAGCAAAGACACCCAGAAACUUUGUGUCGCGCGGUACCGCUCCGGUCCGGUGCCGAACUAUUCGUUUGUAUGUUGGUGGUUCGGUGCACAAAACUGUUUCACACCAAAAGCGCAGAACCGGAACCAGGUACCGAGCCAAGGUCCCAGUGCUCCCAGCGCUCCGCCAUGAGCAUCCAGCCCCGCAGGAUCCGCCUGAAGCCCUGGCUGCUGGCCCAGGUGAACAGCGGCAGGUAUCCGGGUCUGCAGUGGCUCGGUUCGGAGCAGCGGCUCUUUCAGGUCCCGUGGAAACACGCGACCCGCAACACGCCGAUGUCGGAGGAGGAGAACACCAUCUUUAAGGCGUGGGCCGUGGAGACCGGGAAGUACCAGGAGGGUGUGGACGAACCGGACCCGGCCAAGUGGAAGGCGAACCUGCGCUGCGCGCUCAACAAGAGCCGUGAGUUCCGGCUCUGGUUCGACGGAACCAAGGAGACGCCGCUCCGCCCCUACAAGAUCUACGAGGUCUGCGACGGAACCGGCGCCGCAGAUGGAGCCGAGGACGAUGAGGAGAUGCCGGACCUCACCGAGCUCUCCAUCAACCCUCGGACCGAGCUCGCCUCUUUUCCGCCCUUCGGGUCGGCCCAGGUGAUCCCGAUGCCGCUGCUGCCCCUGACCUCUGACGUCCAGCCUCGGGGUUCACCGGCGGACCCGGGGAGCUUCGACCCGGCCGGACUCCAGAACCUGAACCCUCUGUCCUCCACUCAGCCAGAAUCCAUGGAGGCCAGCAGCAUGGAGUCCGUCCAGAGCCAGUCGGAUCAUCAGAACCAGCAGCCCUGCAAGUACGACCUGCUGAGCAGUGUCCCAUUAACAGAUCUGGACCUGAAGUUCUGGUACCGGGGCCGGGCCAUGGGCUCCCUGACGGUCAGCAACCCCCAGGGCUGCCGGCUCUACUACGGCCACCUGGAACCGACGCCGGAGCAGGUGGACCUGUUCGGUCCAGUCAGUCUGCAGCAGGUUCUGUUCCCGGGAACGGUGGAGAUCCAGAACCAGAAGCAGCGUUUCUACACGGACGCUCUGCUGGAUGUGAUGGACCGCGGUCUGAUCCUGGAGAUCCAGCAGCAGGACAUCUAUGCCAUCCGCCUCUGUCAGUGCAAGGUAUUCUGGUCUGGCCCGGGAAUGCCAGAACUGGGUCCACCCAACUCCAUGGAGCGAGAGAGGAGGAUACGGGUGUUCAGCCUGAACGACUUCCUGCAAGGGCUGAUCUCGUUCCAGAAGGGCGAAGCUGCCAAUCCGCCGCCAUUUGACGUCUUCUUCUGCUUCGGAGAGGACUGGCCGGACAGGAAGCCUAGAGAGAAGAAGCUCAUCAUGGUCCAAGUGGUUCCGGUGGUGGCCCGGAUCCUGACGGAGAUGUUCUCCGGAGAGCUGGCCUGGUCCACCGACAGCAUCCGGCUGCAGAUCUCCAACCCGGACGUGAAGGAUCAGACGGUGGAGCAGUUCAAGGAGCUGCAGCGCCUGCUCCAGAACCAACUGGGUCCAACCGGGCCCUGGGCCCCCGUCGGCUCUCUAGAGGCCUCUACCGGGUUCUCCAUGGGGACCAGCUGAGACCAGAACCUGGGGUUCAACCUCUGUUACAUCACAAAGGGUUGGGUCGUUUGUAGACCAGAAAAUUCUGAUUCCUUCCUGAAGGUUUUAUUUGGACUUUGGCUGCUUCAGGCUCUGGUUCUGACCGAAUCCAGACCUGGCUUCUGAACAGAACCCAUUCAUCACAGUUCCAGGUAGUUUGGUACUGGUAGCUGGUUGGUCAGGGGGACCCAAACCAGACAGAAACAUGGUUCUGGUUCUGAUCUGUGGGGAAUUCUUUAGUGGUUCAGGAGCUCUUCUGGAACCUAAUCAGUUGGACCUGAUUAAACAAUUUCCGUCUGGCAAGUCCGGUACCACCAUGUGUCCGGGUCGGAACCACUGCAGUAUUCUGCUGCUGGUCCAUCAGAACCAUUUCAUCAGUGAUUCUGUUUGCUCUCUGGCGCCGCCCGGAGGACAGACCGGGCCCUGCAGCAGGAACUAGUCUAACCAGAACUCCCAGUCUCAGGUGAGGAUGACUGACCCUUCAUCAGGUGGGGUCAGAUUACAGAAACACCUGAGCUCAGGCGUUAAUGCCCCCCAGUUACUGGUUAGACUGGUCCCAGUGUGUCUCCCUUUCUAAAACCACAGAAGAAGAAGCAGAGUGUUUUCAGCUGUUUUAUUGUUUACAGCAAGGCUACAUCACCACUGAUGUCAUGGUGUCAGUCCGCCUCAUUACCCACAGUCCUCUCUGUUUCCAUUCAUGGAAAAACAACUAAAAUAAACCAAAGAUAAAAGGUCAAAGGUGACGCCAAAUCCUCCAGCGUUCCGCCAUGCGGCCCACAGCAUCAUGGGAAAUUUUUUGGCUCUGUUUUUUGGCACGGACAGAAACAUCUUGACCAAAGUCCCAAAAAUAAAUCUCUUAAAAACAGUUGAGCAGGCACGUCCUGAUUAAUCGCCUCCGAGGGUCCAGCAGGAACCGGUCCUGACCCCGCCCACCCACAACCACCUGCUGCAGGUGAGCUGGGGGGUGGGCUCCGUCCGUCUCUCCUCCGUCGGGUCACAGAGUCCCGUUUCACAUUCAAAGUCCCUCCGUCUUCCUCGUCUGCAGUCGCAGCUUUUUGUCGUCACCUCUGAAUGUUGGUCAACUAAAGAUUUAACCUGAGGAAGAGGAGGAGGAAGAGGCGCGCUUUCAGCUCUUCACUCAUCUCAGGACACUUUCUAUGAAACCACACUGUAAAAACACAAGGUAUUUUUUUCUUGUUUCUACAGCAAAUAUCUUGAGAUAAAAAAACGUUUCAGCAGGUAACGUCUCCCUUGUUUGUGUUUGCCUGAAAUUAAAUUUUGUUCUGCAAACAAUAAAGAGAUUCAGUUUAAUUCAGUAA